GCCUUUAGAGCUAAUUAGCUCAGCACACAACAAAGAUAAGUGAGCCUGGGAGGAAGGCCCCCCUGAGGGGGUCUUUAGAUUCUGGGAAAUGUCUGAUUGGCAGAUGUUAAAAGAGAUUCUUUGGUAAUCCAGUGCAUCAAUGAGCUGCACAAAUUCAGUCCAGGGCUGCGAGAAUUUAGGCAUGAGGACACUGUGCAGGAGGCGCGCAGCGGCAGACGCAAGAUGGACAGAACCUUGGACUCCCUGAGACACAUCAUUGCCCAAGUCCUGCCUCACAGAGACCCGGCGCUGGUCUUCAAAGACUUGAACGUGGUGUCGAUGUUACAGGAAUUCUGGGAAAGUAAGCAGCAGCAGAGGGCUGCCUUCCCAAGUGAAGGUGUGGUGGUCUACGAGUCCCUGCCGUCUCCGGGACCGCCCUUUGUGAGUUACGUGACCCUCCCGGGAGGGAGCUGCUUUGGCAACUUUCAGUGCUGCUUAAGUAGAGCUGAGGCCAGACGAGACGCAGCUAAAGUGGCGCUGAUCAACUCUCUCUUCAAUGAGCUGCCCUCCCGCAGAAUCACCAAGGAAUUCAUUGUGGAGAGUGUUCAGGAAGCAGUUGCCUCCACCAGCGGCACCUUAGACGACGCUGAUGACCCCAGCACCAGCAUUGGGGCUUAUCAUUCCAUGCUGGAGUCCAACAUGGGGAAGACCAUGCUGGAAUUUCAGGAGCUGAUGACCAUUUUCCAGCUCUUGCACUGGAACGGAAGCCUGAAGGCCCUGCGUGAAACGAAGUGCUCCCGGCAGGAAGUCAUCUCCUACUACUCCCAGUAUUCCCUAGAUGAAAAGAUGCGGAGCCACAUGGCCCUGGACUGGAUCAUGAAGGAGCGGGAGUCACCUGGAAUCCUCUCUCGAGAGCUUCGGAUGGCCCUGAGGCAGUUGGAGGAAGCCAGAAAGGCAGGACAAGAACUGCGGUUUUACAAAGAGAAGAAGGAAAUCCUGAGCUUAGCCCUGACGCAGACCUGCAGUGACCCUGACCCGUCCUCGCCCAGUGACGACCAGCUGAGCCUCACGGCCCUGUGUGGCUACCACUAGGCAGGCUUAACCAGGUCUCAGGUGCCCCAAGGAGGGCAGAGGCUGGACUCUAAUGUUAGGAAGCUCGUAGCCGAAGAUGACUGGCGGCUUUAGCGUCUAUUGUCACUUCCUGAAGGCUGUGCUGAUCCUCCCCACACAUUCCAGUCAUGUGUAGUAGGUCAACCUCACCUGAUGUGAUCUUUCCAUCACACUCUUCACAGUCCCGGCUCAGCCUGAAAGGCUGGAGGCAGGAUUAUUCGAAAAAUGCUUUCCAAGCUUGACUCCACCCCGAAGCCUGGCUGGCAGGUGCCUUGCAGGAUUGUAUACUCAUGUUUCACAGAAUGGACCAGAGCAGCGUCCCCCAGAGGUACAGCAGCCAAGAGCGAGGGAAGAAAUUUAAUCGCAAUUUUAAUGAUACUUGGAA